GUUUCUGGAAUUAGUCUGUGUUCUGGAAUGGGCCGUUCUAACUAAAUUGUAUUCCAAUCUGACUGUAUGUGCACUAAUGUAAACUUACUGAAAGAGAACGAGGAAGAAUAACUGAGCAGCCUAAAAACAAUAAACUGUAAAGGCGUUGCUAAAAAUCUACCCCCUUGACACAUGCCGCUCCUCCAGCAGGUUAAACUAUAAUGAUACUGUAUCAAAUUGUUACAAAAAUCAAUGCAGUUGCUGUGCAACUACAGACGCAUCACCCUCCCGGAAGUGCGUGACUUAAAUAAAAAAUGGCGGACCACAGCUGUGGUGGAUUUAAUUCGCCAGUGUUGUGGAUGUGUUUGUUGGUUCUCGCGUUGAGACCUGUAGACGCUGAGGUUCAAAUUGAAGAUGCAUUCCGUGCAGGAAAUAAAGUAUUUUCACCGACCGCUGCAGCAGCACGGGACCUACGAUAUCUUCUCUACGACGUCAACCCACCAGAGGGCUUCAACCUGCGUCGGGACGUGUACAUCCGCAUGGCGUCCCUGGUGAAGACCCUGAGGAGACACGGUGACUGGGUGCUGGUGCUGCCCCCUUGGGGGCGUCUCUACCACUGGCAGAGCCCAGACAUACACCAGACAAGGAUCCCCUGGGGAGAGUUCUUCAGCCUCACCAGUCUCCAGGGCAACGUGCCAGUCAUAGAAUACGAGGAGUUUAUAGCCGAGUCUGGAGGUCCGUUUAUUGAGCAGGUCCUGGUGCUACAGAACUACGCUGAAGGGUGGACGGACGGAAAAUGGGAGGAGAAAGUGGAUGAGAGACCCUGCGUUGAGCGGUUAAUGUACUCCAAAGACAAACAGGGUUAUUACAGAGGUUGGUUCUGGGGCUAUGAGGAAACCAGGUGUGUGAACGUCACCUGUCUGUCAGCUCAGGGCCACGCCUCCAUCCUGGCACCACUCCUGCAGAACAACAUCACAUCAACGUCAGUGAUGUUGGAUAGAGCAGAGACUGUCCUCCAUGAUCUCUACGCUGGAAAGGACUACUGGAAUACUCGCCGCAGCAUGGUCUUCGCCAAACACCUGCGUCUCCUAGGGGACGAGUUCCGAGCAAUGUACCUGAACUCCACAGACGAGCAGGACCAGACCGUAUACAAUGAGGACUGGACUCUCAUUAAGAAUAAGCUGAGUUCUGCGAGAGGGGGGCCAUACCUGGGUGUCCACCUGAGAAGGAAGGACUUUAUCUGGGGUCACAGAGAGGAUGUGCCCAGCCUCAAAGGAGCUGUCAAGAAGAUCAGGAGCCUCAUGAAGAAAAACAACCUAGACAGAGUCUUUGUGGCCACAGAUGCAGAUGAUGAAGAGCUGGCGGAGCUGAAGAGGAUGUUACCAGAGAUGACACGCUUCGAGCCCACCUGGGAGGACCUGGAACUACUCAAAGACGGGGGCGUGGCUAUCAUUGACCAAUGGAUCUGCGCACAUGCCAGGUAUUUUAUCGGAACCUCCGUGUCAACCUUUUCCUUCCGUAUCCACGAGGAAAGAGAGAUAUUGGGAUUCGACCCGAAAACCACCUACAACCGCUUCUGUGGGGACAGUGAGAACGUGUGUGAACAGCCCACACACUGGAAAAUAGUCUACUGACUCAACGAUUCAACACCUCUCUAAAAACAUGUCAAAAGCAGUGUUAAAGUGGAUCUUUUUUCUAUAUACAGUACCAGUCAAAAGUUUGGACACACCUACUCAUUCAAAGGUUUUUCUUUAUUUCUA